GUGUCAAAAUUUCGUAAUUGUAAGCGAGAGUAGUUACGUGAAGUGACAUUAACCGAACACUUGCCUCAUCCAUGAUAUACAAAUAGUUGAAAUUUGAUUCACAGUUUUGUUAAUACGAAAUGGCUUUGCAUUUGAGCAUUGGGUGUUUGUGUUGUUUAAGCCCAAUGAGGGGUCAGAAACAGAAAAUCAGAGGUGUAGCAGCUGAGAGUAGUGUUAAACUUAACUCAGAAGAAGAAGAUAAGGUGAAGCUUGGUGGCUCUGAUUUGAAGGUAACUAAGCUUGGAAUUGGGGCUUGGUCUUGGGGUGACACAAGCUAUUGGAACAACUUCGAAUGGGAUGAUAAGAAACUUAAGGCUGCAAAGACUGCUUUUGAUGCUAGCAUUGAUUCUGGAAUCACAUUCAUCGAUACUGCUGAGGUUUAUGGUUCAAGGUUUUCAUUCGGUGCGAUAAAUUCUGAAACACUACUAGGAAGAUUCAUCAAGGAAAGAAAAGAAAAAGAUCCAGAGGUGGAGGUUGCUGUUGCAACUAAAUUUGCUGCAUUACCAUGGAGGCUUGGUCGUCAAAGUGUCCUAGCGGCCCUAAAAGAUUCUCUUGCACGUAUGGAACUUUCUUCAGUUGAUCUUUAUCAACUUCACUGGCCAGGAAUAUGGGGAAAUGAAGGUUAUAUUGACGGUUUAGGAGAUGCAGUGGAGCAGGGCCUUGUAAAAGCUGUGGGAGUAUCUAACUAUAGUGAAAAGCGUCUUCGCGAUGCAUAUGAGCAGCUGAAGAGGAGAGGUAUUCCACUAGCUUCAAAUCAAGUCAAUUAUAGUCUGAUAUACAGGUUGCCAGAGCAAAAUGGUGUCAAGGCCGCCUGUGAUGAAUUGGGAGUCACAUUGAUUGCAUAUUCACCCAUUGCUCAAGGAGCUUUGACUGGAAAAUAUACUCCAGAAAAUCCUCCCACUGGCCCUCGCGGACAGAUCUAUACUCCUGAAGUUCUUACCAAAUUGCAGCCACUCAUAAAUAGAAUAAAGGAGAUUGGAGAUAGCUACAAUAAGACUUCAACUCAGGUGGUCCUGAAUUGGUUGAUUGCACAGGAGAAUGUUGUUCCCAUCCCAGGAGCCAAAAAUGCUGAGCAGGCUAAAGAAUUUGGUGGUGCGUUGGGUUGGAGACUAACCCAACAAGAAAUAGACCAACUUCGUUCAUUGGCAUCAGAAUUAAAACCUGUUACUGGUUUCCCUGUCGAAAAGUUGUAAACAUCAUUUUACAUGUACAUUAACAAAGUCUUCGAAAUGUAACUAGUACUAAUAAAGCUGCUGCUGCUGCAACAUCGUAAUCCGUGCUCAUAAGUGGAGUUUCGAGAAGGUGAUAUAUAUAUACUAGUUUUCGAAACGUGCUCGCACGUUUGUCCCAUACAAUUAUUAUAAAGUUGAAUUAUUAUAUAAUAUUGAAAUUAGAAAUAUUAGUUUUACCUGUU